AUGUCAAGAGAAGAAUGUGUUCCUGCCAAAAAAAUUCCGCGUCCGAUGAAUUGCUUCAUGACUUACCGUUUAGAAAAACAACAGCAAAUUGUAAAUCAGUGUCCCGGUGCCAAUCAUCGUGAUAUAUCAAAAAUCAUUGCGAAAUGGUGGAGAGAGUUAUCUGAUGCCGAGAAAGAUCCUUAUCGCAUCAAAGCAGCCGAGGCUAAAGCUGCACAUUUGGAAAGAUACCCUGAAUAUAAGUAUCGUCCC